AUGGAUAGGCUGAGUGAUUUGCCUGAUGAGUUGCUGUUGGGAAUAUUGUCAUUAUUACCAACAACAGAUGUUGUGACCACAAUGGUUUUGUCGAAACGAUGGAAGUUUCUUUGGACGUUUGUGCCAAGACUUGAAUAUGAUCAUGCUAUGUAUCAAGAUGGUAAGGAGUGGAGAUUCUCGCGGUUUGUUUACAGUUCUUUGCUGUUACACGAAGCUCCAGUUCUUGAACAUUUGUCUUUCAUACUUCAUCAAAAAACGGCUGCAAUAGGUAUUGGAGUAUGUGUUAGAACCGCUAUUAAACGCAGCUUGCGUAAGCUGCAAAUUGUGAUAGAUGAUUGCUCUGAUGAGACUAUCCAUCCAGUGAUACUUCCAAGUAGCUUGUAUACAGGUUGUAGGAUGCUUGUGACUUUGGUACUAAGUAAUCUGGUUCUUAUGGAUUCGUCUUCCACGGUUUGCUUUCCAUCCCUCAAAAGUUUGGUCCUUGUAUCAAUAAACUACCCAACUAACAGUUUUGUCCCAAGGUUUUUAUCUGGCUGUCCUGUUCUUGAAAAUUUGUUCGUGGAACGAUGCCUCGGUGACAAUGGCGGACUUUUCGUGAUUAGAGUGGCCUGUUUGAAGGUUUUAUCAUACCGUAUAACAUCGGACUUUGUUGGUGACGGGUUUUUGAUAGAUGCUCCUUCGUUGGAGCUCAUGGAUGUUGUCGCAGAAACGAGUGGGUUUUGUGGCAUUGAGCAUAAUAUGCCUAAGAUUGAAGUGGCAAAUGUUCUUGUUCAUUGUAGUCAUACCAAGCAGAUUCUUUCUUCUCUUACUUCACUCGAGAAACUUGAAUUAUGUUUAAUGACUUCAAAGGAUGCGUAUCCUGAAGGAAUAAUAUUUAGCCGGCUUGUAGAAUUGACUCUAUGUACAUGUGGACCGGAAUGGUUGAAUCUACUUUUGCGUCUUCUCAAAGAUUCCCCUAAACUAAGAAACCUCAAACUACAACAAGUCCAUCGCAAUGGGAGCAUGAAUCCGAUGCCGUCCUGGAACGAACCGAGUGAUGUUCCUAGAUGUUUACUGUCAAGUCUCGAAACUGUUGAAUGGUCGCAAUACGAAGGAAGAGAAGAAGAGAUCGAAGUUGUGCUAUUCAUCUUAAGAAACUCUGCUCGUUUAAAGAUGGCAACGUUCCACCCUAAAUCCACUGAUCCGAAAGAGAAGCUUGAGAUGCUAACAAAAUUGUCAAUGUCUCCAAGAAGUUCUACAAUAUGUCAUCUUAAUUUCGGCCGUGGGACUUUUACCGUAAGGGACUUAUUUUAUGAUCAUCGUGUUAUCAAACGUUUAGGGGCGUGUUCACUUGGGUGA